CUCCUCUCUCGUACAGUAUAUAGUCAGCCCAGAGCUCUAUCGAGCUCCUCAGACCUUACAAUACACUCGUUCAAUCCACUUUGUUUGGAUCUCACUACCUUCUCAUGCAAGACAAUCUGUCGCACGUGUCUCACGCGAUAUCAUACCCAUUCAGCCCAGAGCUCCAUCGAGCUCCCUAGACCUUACAAUACACUCGUGCAGUCCACUUUGUUUAGAUCUCAGUACCCUGUUGAUUCGCUUCCAUAUGACCCCUUCUCAGCUCAUGCAAGACAAUCCCUGAUCUGGGUGGCAGUUCUCGGCAUUCUCAUCGCAUGCGGUUGCGAUGCAACUCCGAACUCAUGCAAACGGGAGACGAAAACUGUUUGCGGUAGUCACGCGUGGCUCUCACGCAUGGUUCUCACGAUAGUCGCAUGCUUUCUCACGAUGGUCUCACUUCCUCAUAUCUCUGUGCUCCCACAAGCUUCACAAAAACCAAUGGGACUAAGGACGGAGUAUGGUUUCAUAAAUAUGAUCUAUAAUUAUAGUCGUAACUUUAUUGUAUCUGCAGUCAAAUUCGCCACACUGUGGAAACAAGAGAUCGUGACUACAUGCGGUUCUAGUGGGAGAGACAGCCGUUCUGUUGACCAAAGGUGGGCGGGCUUCUUUACCUCGCCAAGAUUAGCCCUAAAGGGUGUUGAUACUCCGGUGGUGGUAGAUAGCAUGCUAGAACAAUUACUAGUGCUCGGGGUGCAUGAUACCAACGAGUUGUCGGGUGAUUUUUUGGCCGAGACGUCAGCACCAGGAAAUGAACUAGCAUACCCUGCACAGCGCCACACUUCCCAAGCCAGGAGUUGGACCAUACCGGCGCUAAAACCCCAGCUACGCGGGGGCUACCCUUCCCUUCCUGUUUCAAUGUCGAAUUUGUCAUCUUGGAUCGUUACGAAGGAGCUUUCGCUAAAAAUAGUUCCCACGUGCCAAACAAAGGACGGAAUCCGACGGAUUAAGCUGUCGUACAAAAAAAAGUGGAAGGUGCACUGCAACGGGCCAUAUGAGGUUUGUACGGGCUUGUGUGAGUUGUUGUGGUUGCUUCGUGGUGCGCGAAAGUGGCUGCUGUUGUCCGAUGUCAGGGUUUUCCUUUCAACAUCAAACAUCGUAACCCCUUGUAGACCCCGCACAACACUUUCACUCUGUCCCAUCACCGCUACCGGGGGAGGUACUAUCCGUCCAGCUCGUCUUGCAAACGGCGAGAAUUUGGCACCUCCGUGCAGAGCGGACACUGGUGCAAUAAAAUACAGCAUUAUUGUUUUGUGCAUUCGGCCGCAUGCAACCCUUGAGCACCCCUGGUAUCAAAAUACUGCACCUAUCAUCCCGGUAGCUGAUAACACAAUUUUCCCCGAUACGCACUCCAAAACUUGCCGACUACCAAGUGGAACACAGUCUAACGACAUCGUAGAUUUGGCAAAGACUGACACCCACUUCUUGCAAGGUCCAGUUGUCGUCUUCCUCGUCCUUUUUGCUACAUAUCUGUCUGAACGUAUAUCCUUCUCCGUUAAUAUCCGCUUCUUUCCCUGCGCCAAGGUAUCUCCCUUCAUACUAUCCCCCACAUUCUCAUGUGCAUCGCUCCCAUGUCUCCACCAUCUCCCGCAGUGGCAUCCCUUUGAUCCAUUACCUACCAGUCUAUCAUUCCCCAAGCCCGCUAUCCCUAGAAAAGUUAUCCGGCACAGCCGUUUCAUCAUGAACCUCCUUGAAGCAGAUUAUUGCCGUUCCAUGGCCGACGAUAUGUGGAAGGAGCCCCACCAUACCAACAGAAAUCCAAAUUUGAGAAUCCCAUCUUGGGGAGCGAAGGAUUUAAGUGAUGGUGAGCAACAGCCACAAAACGACGAAUUCAACAACGCGUAA